AUGUCGCAAGACCCACUUAACACACCCAUUUUCUGUGGCAUGGACUAUGUCAAAACGUACGACAGAAACACUUUGGUUGCCGCCUAUAAGCUUCUUAACAUGUCGUACCAGAUCUUAUUGGAGAUGCAAACUACUGGUCCGAAGAGUGUUGCUGAGUUGAAGCAAAAAAUUGAGGAGAACACUGUGAAUUUGAACAAAGUGAUUCAAACAGCAUCUGAGGAGACCACAAACAAAAUCAAGCAGUUUGAUGAACAAGAAAAGUCCCUUCCAGACCUUCUCCAAAUGUUCGAAAUUGCCCAGAAGCAGAUUACAGAGAGCGUCUUGAGGCUGAAAGCGCAAGCAAAGGUUCAAAAAGAAGAGAACCAAAAACUGAAGGAGAUGUACAAAAAAGUUCAGUCCUCACAAGAAGAAGAAUUUGAAGGCCUCAGUGAAGAGGCGUCGAAACCACUUGAAGAGAGACUGGAGGUGUUGCAAAAGGAGAAAGAGAAGAUUGCCGAGGAGGUUGGUGGGUUAAAAGAACAGUCACAACACAAAGAGGAUUUGGCAAGGGUAGAGAGGGAGUUCAAACAAAUAAAAGAGAAGCUUGAAAAUGACACCAAAGAUGUCCAACAAAAAAUCAAUGACAAAAACGCUGAAAUCCAAAAAGUCCAAGGCGAUGUCGACAAAACCCAAACGGAAAUUAAAGCAAAAGAUGUUCAAAUCCAGAAACUCAACAGUGACAUGAUCCAAAAGGACAUCGAAAUCAAGAAGCUCAGAGCUGAAAUCGAGGGUAAAAUCGUCGACAGUUAUGCGCUUUAA